ACCAGCACCACAUUGCCUUCCUCACCAAAACACGCCCGUACGCUAAUCCGCGGAAUGAGCAAUCCUCCAAUAUCGGAUCUUCACCCCCUCAACAUCGCCCCUGUCUCUCAUCAACAUCUAUCCAGUCCCCCGUUUCCUCCCUCCGAACACCCGUCGCGCGUUCCCUCCCCGCUCGUCCUCCCCUUGAACGAUGAGAAGCUACACCUUCUUCUCUGUGCUACCGGCUCGGUCGCUACCAUAAAGAUCCCCAACAUAAUCUCCGCACUCUCCCGGCACGCUAACCUCUCCAUCCGCCUGGUCUUCACGCAUUCCGCCGCACAGUUCUUGCAGGCGCAGAGUUCAGAGCAACCUUCGUUGGACACGCUCGCGACCGCCCCGAACGUUGACGGCAUAUACUUCGACGAGGAUGAAUGGCGGGAGCCCUGGGUAAGAGGUAACAAGAUUUUGCAUAUUGAGUUGAGGAGAUGGGCAGAUAUUAUGGUUAUUGCGCCCUUAAGCGCAGAUGCGUUAGCAAAGAUUGUGGGGGGCAUGAGCGGCAACUUGUUGCUCAGUGUGGUGCGGGCAUGGGAUACGACGGGGGAGCUGGAUUCGGUGAGGGACGUGGUUCAAAAUGGGUGGAAAGCGAAGAAACGGAUCAUUGUUGCGCCCUCGAUGAAUACGGCUAUGUGGAUGCAGCCGAUUACGAAAAAGCACGUCACCGUGCUGGAAGAGGAGUGGGGAGUCAAAAACGGGGGUUGGUUCGAGGUGCUGCCGCCUAUGGAGAAAGAGUUGGCAUGCGGGGAUGUAGGGGGUGGGGCAAUGAGGGAUUGGAGAGACGUUGUUGAAGUUAUUGAAGAGAGGUUGGGCCUGACUGGUAUCAAGGGAACGCCAUAG